AUGCCAAGAAAACAGCCUGGGACAUCUACUGUGACUGCUGCCUCACAGCAGGAGGUAGUUUCUGAGGGCAUCGAGAACUUCGAGCUUCCUCGCAGUCUCGUUACGAAACUCGCCCGUUCCGGAAUGUCGGAAGGCACCAAGAUGCAGAAAGAUGUUGUUCUUUCGUACUCAAAGGCAUCCACCGUCUUCAUCAAUUAUUUAGGUGCACACAACUCCGCUCAUAGAAUCAUAGUUCGUGCUCUCAGCCCAUUCACUUACCACACAGCUGCUACUGCACAGGAAGUUUCUAGCUCGAAACAGCACAAGAGCAUAUCUGCAUCGGACGUACUCAAAGCUCUAGAAAUGGUGGAAUUGGGUGACAUGCUACCCAUGCUUCAACGGGAAUUACAGAUUUACCGUGAAAUUCAAAAGGCAGAUAAGAGCCGCAAAAGUGGAGGGUCCAAAGGCAAGACACGGGAGUCGCAGCAAGACACUGUAUCUACGUCUGUGUCUGCUUCGUCGUCAGCACCUGCUAGGUCAAAUUCGAAGGGCAAGGAGAAGGAACACAAAGGUCCAACAGCUACAGUUCUCUCAGCGUCUCCGGCAGCGCAGGAUUCAGAACCAGAGCUUGAGGGUGAGGAAGAGGAAGGAAUAGGCGAAGAUUUGGAGCAAGAGAUAGAUGGUGACGAGGAGAUGGGAGAAGACGAAGAGGAUGUGGAUGAAGAAGAGGAUAUGCAAGAUGAAGCUAUUGAAGAGUCGGAAGAACCCAUAGCAAUUGAGGACGAAGAGUUAUUGCAGGAUGAAGGGGGUCUGGGUGAUCCAGAAGACGAAUGA